AGACGAUGGCCUACAGAUCUACUCCUCACUCCUCCUACAAGAAGAUGUUCGGCGGGGAGCGCGCGGCGGCCAGGACCAGCUACUCCAGCCGCCAGUACUCCAGCCCGGUGCGCGCCCGCGCGUCCUACCAGCUGUCCUCCGGCCCCGCCGUGUACGCGCUGAGGACGCAGCGGCUCCGCAGCAGCGCGGCCAUGCCCCGGCUGGCCUCGGAGAACCUGGACUUCUCCCUGUCCGACGCCAUAAACAGCGAGUUCAUCACGAACCGCACCAACGAGAAGGCGCAGAUGCAGUCGCUCAACGACCGCUUCGCCAGCUACAUCGAGAAGGUGCGCUUCCUGGAGCAGCAGAACAAGAUCCUGCUGGCCGAGCUGGAGCAGCUGCGGGGCAAAGGCACGACCCGCGUCGGGGAUCUGUACGAGGACGAGAUGCGCGAGCUGCGGCGCCAGGUGGACCAGCUCACCAACGAGAAGGCCCGGGUGGAGGUGCACCGGGACAACCUGGCGGACGACAUCGACAAGCUGCGGGAGAAGCUGCAGGAUGAAAUUUCCCAGCGGGAGGAUGCUGAAGCAAACAUGCAGAGCUUCAGACAGGAUGUGGACAAUGCUGCUCUGGCCAGGCUGGACCUGGAGCGGAAGGUCGAGUCGCUACAGGAUGAAAUCAACUUUCUGAAAAAGCUACACGAUGAGGAAAUGCUGGAGCUGCAGAGCCAGAUCCAGCAGCAGCAGCACGUGCACGUAGACAUGGACAUGGCCAAGCCCGACCUGACGGCGGCCCUGCGGGACGUCCGCCUGCAAUAUGAGAACCUGGCCUCCAAAAACAUCCAGGAGUCCGAGGACUGGUACAAGUCCAAGUUUGCUGACCUGACCGAAGCCGCAGCCAGAAACACCGACUCUCUGAGAGUGGCCAAGCAGGAAGCCAACGAUUACAGGCGGCAGGUGCAGGCGCUCACCUGCGAGGUGGACGCCCUCAAGGGAACGAACGAGUCUUUAGAGCGUCAGAUGCAGGAGAUGGAGGAGAACUUUUCCAUGGAGACCAGUGGAUACCAGGACACCAUCAGCCGGCUGGAGGACGACAUUCACAACAUGAAGGACGAGAUGGCUCGCCACCUCCGAGAGUACCAGGACCUGCUCAACGUCAAGAUGGCCCUGGACAUCGAGAUCGCCACCUACAGGAAGCUGCUGGAAGGAGAGGAGAGCAGGAUCUCCAGCCCUUUGCCAAACUUCUCAUCUCUAAACCUGAGAGAAACAAUGAUUGAUACCAAGCCCCAUGUGGAAACCACAACCACCAAGAAGGUUCUCAUCAAGACUAUAGAGACCAGGGACGGCCAGGUGAUCAACGAGUCCACCCAGAACCACGAGGACAUGGAGUAGGAGCGUCUUUGUCUCCGACAGCCAGUGAAGCAAUACGAAGAAACACCUGCGAGGGGCUGCGAGCAGAGCAAACACAACAAGCAACAGCUGAAAAAGUGCCUUCACAUGUUAGUGAGCUUGUUAGAGGAUGCCGACGGUAUUGGGCUUCCUUAGCUUUGUCACAUUUGUUUAGAUGCAUAAAUGAAACCAGCACAGUGUAGAAAUCCUCCCUGAGCUCCUCCAGAAUCUCUCUUUGUAACCAAAGUAGUGUUUUGAUGGAUGCAGCAUGCACUCUGCAGGAAACCUGCAGGCUGAGGAUGUCACCAGCUCCUGUAUGCAGCAAUAAACCAUAAGGAAUCUAAUCAGCA